AUGACGGAGACACCAGCGCUGCUCGGGGCGGAAAGGACGGAAGCCGCGCAGGAACAGGAAGCGGAGGGCGCAGCCGAGCGGAGCCUACCAAUGAGCGACCGGGCGGCGGGGGGAGAGCCUGUGCACUGCGCAUCCCCGCUAGCAGCAUUGUGGUACCGGCCGCGGGAGCUGACAGGGAAGGCGGGAGCAAGGUGCGGCAGUCUUAGCCCAGCAGUGGUGGAGACGCGACGGCGGGUGGGGCGGGACCGGUCACCGCGGCGGAAAAGUGGUCUCACCGUUAGCCCAGGCAUUCCCCCAAUAGAAGCGGGUAGGGGUGGGGCGUGGCUGGCCCAGACUAGCGCGAGGCGGCAGCCGCGCUCCGCGCAGCCGGAGCCUUCGUGGCGGCGGCGGCGCUGGCGGUUUCGUCUGGGAGCUGGCGGCGGCAGCGCGGAUGGUGAGAGGAGCCGCCCGGCAGCGCCUGCCCCGCACCGGCCCGAUCUUCAGGUGUGGGGGGCGGAGCGGGCGGGCGCGGGGCACGGCGCGGGCGGGGCGGCGCGGGCGGGCGGGAUCGGCGGCUGCGGGCGCCUCGGGGCAGGCCCGGUGACGGCGCGCCCCUCACCGCUGUCUCGCCCCCGCAGAGCUGCAGGCCCAGCGGAGAAGCCCUGCCGCAAGCGGAAGACCAGUGGACUCCCUCAAGGUGAGAUCUGUGGCUUGCCUGUGCCAGGGAUAGUGCAGGUUCAGUUGGCCAAUUGGAGUGCUGCAGAAUCCAAGGGCCUCACUGCAGGAUUGAGGUCACCCUUGCUGCAGAGAACACAGGACCUGGGGACUGAGUUUGCCCUAAAAGAAAUCAUGUCAUCAGGAGGAGCUGAAGAUGAUAUUCCUCAAGCUGAGAGGAAAACAGUGACAGACUUUUGCUACUUAUUGGAUAAAUCUAAACAGCUAUUCAAUGGCUUAAGGGAUUUACCUCAGUAUGGGCAAAAGCAGUGGCAGUCUUAUUUUGGGCGGACAUUUGACGUUUACACCAAACUCUGGAAGUUUCAACAGCAGCAUCGACAAGUGUUGGACAAUCGGUAUGGGUUGAAGCGGUGGCAAAUUGGGGAAAUUGCUUCCAAGAUUGGGCAGCUUUAUUACCAUUAUUACUUGCGCACUUCAGAAACCAGCUAUCUCAAUGAAGCUUUCUCCUUCUAUUCAGCCAUUAGGCAGAGGUCAUACUACUCCCAAGUCAACAAAGAAGACAGGCCUGAAUUAGUGGUUAAGAAGCUGCGUUACUAUGCAAGGUUUAUAGUGGUUUGUCUCUUGCUCAACAAAAUGGAUGUUGUAAAGGACCUUGUAAAGGAGCUGUCAGAUGAAAUUGAAGACUACACUCAUCGUUUUAAUACAGAAGAUCAGGUGGAGUGGAACCUGGUUCUUCAGGAAGUGGCAGCAUUUAUUGAGGCAGACCCUGUCAUGGUUUUAAAUGAUGACAACACCAUUGUAAUCACCUCUAACAGGCUUUCUGAAACAGGAGCUCCGAUGCUAGAGCAGGGAAUGAUAGUGGGACAGCUUGCUCUUGCAGAUGCGCUGAUUAUUGGGAACUGCAACAACCAGGUGAAGUUCAGUGAAUUGACAAUUGAUAUGUUCCGAAUGCUGCAAGCACUUGAAAGGGAACCAAUGAAUUUAGCAUCACAAAUGAACAAACCUGGAAUGCAGGAGUCUACAGAGAAACCAGCCAGACGAGAAAACCCCCAUAAAUACCUUCUUUAUAAACCAACUUUUAGCCAGCUAUAUACAUUUUUAGCAGCAUCAUUUAAGGAGCUGCCUGCAAACAGUGUACUGCUGAUUUACUUGUCUGCCACGGGCGUGUUUCCUUCAGGUCGUUCGGAUAGUGAAGGUCCAUAUGAUUUUGGUGGUGUUCUGACAAAUAGUAACCGGGACAUUAUAAAUGGAGAUGCUAUCCACAAGCGAAACCAAUCUUACAAGGAGAUGCACUGUCUUCACCCUGGAGAUCUCUACCCUUUCACAAGAAAACCCCUGUUCAUCAUUGUGGACUCUUCAAACAGUGUUGCCUAUAAGAAUUUCACAAACUUAUUUGGACAGCCAUUGGUGUGCUUGCUUUCUCCAACAGCAUAUCCAAAAGCAUUGCAAGAUCAGUCUCAGCGGGGUAGCCUCUUCACACUCUUCCUGAACAAUCCUUUAAUGGCAUUCCUGUUUGUGUCUGGAUUAUCAAGCAUGCGCAGAGGGCUGUGGGAGAAGUGUCAAGAUUACCUUAGAAAAAUCAACCGAGAUAUUGCCCAGCUGCUGACCCACUCUCGGUCCAUAGAUCAGUCGUUUCUUCAGUUUUUUGGGGAUGAAUUUCUUCGCUUGCUUCUAACAAGAUUUAUCUUCUGUUCGGCUACUAUGAGGAUGCACAAAAUUUUCCGGCAGGAGACUCGAAAUUAUCCAGAAUCUUAUCCUCAGCUGCCAAGAGAUGAAACAGUGGAGAACCCUCACCUCCAAAAGCACAUUUUGGAGCUGGCUUCCAUACUGGAUGUCAGGAAUGUUUUCCUGGAAAACACCCUCGAUGACUAUUAA